GACAAGCAAGGGAAAAGUUCUGACACGAGACGCGAGAUUUGACAAAUGACUGAAUAAAGAUACUACUUCGUGCUCUUAAAACACACACUUUUGAACAGACGAAGCGUCAUUGAACCAGUUCGCGCAAACCGAAUUUCCCCCGCCUAAAACCAGCAGAAAAUUGGCCUACGACUGACUUGGUCUCUUUGAAGUCGGGUCAUCAGUGACCAAAAUGCGCUAUAAGAUAGCGUUUUAUCUUGUAGCCUUGGUGUUCGACACUGCAGAAUGCUAUAUCAGCGAUCAAAAGCUAACAACGAGAACUUUCAACAAGCCAAGGUCUCUUCCUCAAUGGAAUAUCACAUCUUUGGCCAGCCUUACUAACUAUGAUGAAUUCUAUGGAAAGAUUUUAAGGCCUGUAUUGAAAGUUCGUGUACCACAAACACCAGGCCACACUGAAGUCCGUAAGUUUAUUACAAAACAAUUUGAAGAUCUCAAAUGGUCUGUUACACUGGAUGAGUUUGAAGCAGACACGCCCUAUGGACUGAAGACAUUCCGCAACAUUAUUGCAACUCUUAAUCCAGUGGCCAAAACACGGCAUGUUAUGUCAGCUCAUUAUGACUCAAAGUUGUUUAAACCUGAUGGCAAUGGACGACAGUUCAUUGGAGCUAUAGAUUCUGCUGUUCCAUGUGCUAUGCUUAUUGAGGUGGCUCGCACGGUCACACCCUUUUUUCGGGCCAAACCAUUGAGCAAUGAAGUAACUUUACAGAUGGUGUUCUUUGAUGGAGAAGAAGCAUUUAAAGAUUGGAGUCCAACAGAUUCUAUUUACGGCUCAAGACACCUUGCACAGUUUUGGAAAAAUACAGCAGAUGACUUGGCACCUGUCAACCCUUUUGCUCCAUCUGUGCAACCAACACUUAUGGAUUCUGUACAAUCGCUAAUCCUACUGGAUUUACUUGGUGCUCCAGACCCCAAAUUUUUUAACAUGUUUGAAGCAACAUCUCAUUUGUUUGAACAUCUCAAGUCUAAAGAGGAUGCAUUGUAUCAAGCAAAUCAGUUAGAGGAAUACAAAAGAAAUAAAAAAUAUUUCCAGUCUGUGGAACUACAACAAAUCUACAUUGAGGAUGACCAUAUUCCAUUUCUACGAGAAGGGGUUCCUAUACUCCAUCUUAUUCCAGUACCAUUCCCUCAUUGUUGGCAUCAGCUUAACGACGACGAGACCUGUCUACGGAACUCCACUAUUCACAACCUCAUCAAAAUACUGAGGUUGUUUACAGUGGAACUUUUCGAACUAUAAAUUUUGGAAUUAUUUCUAAAUUAACAAAGAUUUUAACAAAAUAGGAGUCUAUCUGCUGGCAGUCCUUGGUUCUUGUGGGUUAUUAUUAGGAUACGUCAACUAGAUUACUAGGGAAUUGAGUUUUUUUAUGCAGAGGGUAUCUUAGUGAAAAUAAAAGUAAAAAGAAAACUGGAUUUUUAACACCUCUUUCAUACGCACAAAAAAUAAAAUUAUAAUAUCAAA